AUGUUCCCGGUUCAGAACUACGAAGAUAUGGAGGGAGACGACCACCACGGCCUGCGGGUGGACGAGCGCCCGGGCCGCAAGGGCGCCACGCGCGGCUGGAUGGACGAUCGCGAGGAGCACGACUUUGGGAGCACGACCGACCGCUUCUUUCGACGCGAGAAGCGGGGCGGCGAGAGCGACGACAACGCGGCCCUCAGGCGCGCCCGCGCCGAGAAGGAGGACCUGCGCACAGGCCUGUUCGGCCGCGGCAAGGCCGCCCGCCAGCAAGACGAAGCCCACAGCCGUACGAUGGUGACGGAUCGCCUCAAGACGAGCGGCGGUGGCAGGAGGGAGGAGCACGCCAGCGAAGACGUGUGUCGUUCGCUUCAGCGGGCUGACAAGAUCGCCUGUCAGUACUUUGUGCGCACGUUCGGGGACGACAUCAUGAGCAGGCUGGACGAGCCCGUCGAGGAGAUCUGCGAGGAGCUGGACUACGCCAAGACGGCGCCCUCGCGCCUGCAGAACCAAAGCGACGCCACCAAACGCGACAACAUCCGCGGCGGCGAAGACGCACGACGGGCGCGAGGAGGCGACCCGACCAGGGACCGCGCGCCGACGGCCGAUCUGGACGAGGGCGCUCGUGGGCUGACGGUCAGCCGCGCCCGCACGCCGGGCGGCGGCAGCGCGGGCCUGAACAAGGGCGGCCGGUCGAUGCCGGUGGUGAGCUCGGCCCAGCAGAAGGAGGUCGGCAGGAGCUCGGUCGACCCGCACGACGAGGGCCACCCGGCCGCCAGCUCGGGCCGCGCCGGCCUCAAGGGCGUCGGAGUCAACCGCCAGGGCGAAUAA